AUGCUAUCUAUCAAAUCCCUUCUGAAUCCUCAGCCCGAAAGGCGAUUUCCUCAUCCGUCCUUCCCUGCCUUACGUGAGAAACGGCAGAAGAUGGCCAAGGACGCCCCAGUCUUUCGUCGUGGCAAGAUCCAGGGCGAGUGUCGCUAUCCUCCUUGCGAGGAAAGAGAUGCGGAGCUGGAGAAGGCUCAUCGAGAGCUCUCGCUACGUCCCUUUGGCAACAUUGCCGACUAUCCUCGCCAGAUCCCAUAUGCCAGCGAGAAGAAAACCUUCCAGGAAAAGACCGGCCGAGAUAGCUUCCAUGUCUUUCAAUACACAUUCCAAAUACCCGGCGAAGAAAAGGAAUGGCAUGUUAUGUGGGACUACAACAUCGGCAUCGUUCGGAUUACACACCUUUUCAAAUGCAAUGGCUACUCCAAGGCAAGUCCACAAGAUGCUAAACCAGAACCCCGGCCUCCGCGAUAUCUGCCACAGCAUCACCGGCGGGGCACUUUCCGCUCAAGAUCUAAUACCUUCUUUUGCUUUUCGAUAGGAUACUGGAUGCCAUACGAAGCAGCCAAAGCCAUGGCAGCCACCUUCUGCUGGAGAAUCCGAUACGCCCUGACUCCACUGUUUGGCACAGAAUUCCCGGCCAUGUGUAUCCCCCCAACGGACCGCAAAACUCAUGGCCGUAUGGUCAUCCCUCCAGAGAUCGUUCAGCGAGCCACCAACCUCUCCAACUACUAUCGCUCUUUGGAGAUGAAGUCUAGCACCGGAGCCAGCCCUCCCGCAAUCAAUGCACCUUCCUCAACCCAUACCCUUCUUCAUGGUAUGGGAGUAUUGAGCCGAGAAGACUCCCUGACACUUCCCCCGCUCAAGAUCCCGCGUACCAAAUAUGCCGAGAGUAAUCCCAGUGCCCGGGACUCCUCUAUGGAGCCUUACUACAUGUCGCCCAAGAGCCAGUCGCCUAUGUCUACCUUCACGCCCAUCAACCCCCCGCGCAGCUCUAAUGCUAUCCCUCGCUCCCGGGUCGAAUCACCCCGGACUAUCCUCCAUGCUAUCUCAGAUGCUAUGCGCCCGGAGAAUGUCUCUGGUAUCAGCGAAGACAGUGAUACCGAGAGUGAUGGCUCGUCCAACAUGUAUUCCACUCCAAACUCCCCUCCGGUGGAUGGGCAUAUGGAAACUGACAAGCUCGGUGGCCUCGACGGACCCACCAACGCUGUUUCGGAGGUGGUUGCUAUGCAAAGCGACGAUGACAUAACUGACUCGGACGAUGAUUGGCAAAUGGAUGAUGACGACGAUGAAGACUACCGUGGACCCCCUCUCAAGAGGACUCCUGUUGGAACUUCGGUUAGCAAGGACGGUUCUAUAAGUCCCGCAUCCCAGACUAAGAAGUACCCCAGCCGGAAGUCCCGAGCUGCGCGUCCUCAGCCGUCGCCUCAUUUCACCCGUGAGGUAAAGGCUGCCGAAGCUCUUCUUCGUCUGCACAUGAAUGAGCUUGAAAGCACCGGAGACGAGACGGAGAUGGAUGAUGACGAGACGACAUUGCCUUCCGGCUCUCACUCUCUUGACGGCGACGAAUCUCGUAGCCGUAAGCGACGUCGAGCUUCGCUUUGA